AGAUUAAAGAAAACUGCAGUUCCAUCUGUUUUUACGCAAAAAUUUUGUGAAAAUGUAAAAAAAGACUUGAUAGUUGAAAUACAACAUGACAAAUGACUUAACAAGCAGUAUUCAAUGUGAUGAUCAAAAUAAAUCAAUAAGUAUUUAUAAAUGUAUGAUGAAUACUCAACGUGAUAAACAAAAUGAAUCAAUGGACAUCUUAUACGAAUUUCCAAUGAAUGUUCAAAAUGAAGUUAUAGUUUUUAGUGAACCAACACAUGUCACAAGUCAACAAAGAAAACUGUCUAAAAUUAAUAAAACAGAAAAGAUGUUUUUAAGAACUGGUAAAUAUAACAUAGAAUGUUUUAAAAAAAUUGAUUUUAGUGAGCAAUCAUGGAUUAAAUUUGCAAAAUACGUUCAUUAUAAUAGACACUUAAACAAACUUUUAGUAACAGAAAACAAACGUUUACAAGAGAAUAUUUUAGAAAUGCAAUCUGUAAUGCAAACGUUAACAAAUACAAGUUCGUUAACAAAUAAUGCCAUUUGUACUCCGCAAGACGAUGAUGACGACAUUGUAUUACUUAAUACUAUAUUAUCUGAUGAAUAUGUGAGAAAUGAACAAAAACUUAAUGAGCAGCAAGUAGCAAAUGUUGAAGCAAAACAAGAUUCUGUAAAUGUUUAUAUGGAUCAUGAUUAUUUUAUACGAAUUAAUUGGUACUUGACUGAAUAUGUUGAAAUCGUAAUUACAUAUAUAUCUGACUAUAUAGUUUCAACUGUUAUAAAAAAAAUUAAUUGCCUUUUUUGUAAACAAUUGCUCAUUUCAAACAAGGCACAUAAGGAAUCAAAUACAUUUAUUGAUAAGCCGUAUCAAGCAUCAUGUGAUGUUAUUGAAAUAUGCAAGACCGCAGAAAAAAUUUUAAAACAUAAUCAAGACAAAUUAUUUAAAACUGACAAUAUAUUAGCUGAUUUAAUAUGUCAAUCUUUACGCGCACUUCCUUCAAAUAUAUUUAAUAUGAAUACGAAUUAUUUUAAUUUACAACUGAUAACCGGAAGCAUAUAUUGUUACCUGUUACAACGUUUACAUAACUUCUAA